CGUAGUUCGUGUUGUUCAUAAAUUUCUGGAGGAUAAUCAAUUUCUUCCCCAUCACAGCUAUUAUCGUCGUCAUUGUUAAAGUCUUGCAAUAUAUUAUGCAAAAUGCUGCAGGCUAAAAUCCAUCUGCAACAGCUCUUGUAAUUGUUUUCGUUGGUCAAUCGAAACCGAAGCUCUUUUAAGCUGCUAAAUCUUUCUUUUAAUUUGCCGAAACAAUUUUCCCCUCGUACUCGAUAUUUAGAAAAGUAUUUGUUGAACCUAUACCUUUUAUAUUGCGACAGUUCGUUGCUAUUUUGCCGAAAAGGUGUAAUUAUAUUUCUAUUUAAGGGAUACGCAGAAUCACCGGCUAUCCAUUGCCUUUCACAAGAAUAAUUUCCAGGUGCUCUUCCAAUAGCUGAUUCUGCAAAAAUUUUAGCAUCAUGUACAUUGGGGGAUGUAAGGCAGGUCGCCUCCUAGUUGGUGCAUCCUGGGUAACGCUAAAUGACCUGCGGCCUUCACGGCCUAACAACUCCCUGGACGACUUUGGCUUUGGACUGGUUUUUGAGAAACUUUUUAUUGGAUUUGGUAGAACCCUGGGCUGGUGGCAUUCUGUCACCUGAGUAUGAUGAGGUGACACUCAUCAGAAACGGCUGACAGGCUAAUGUCGCAACUGCCUCCGUCCCGUUAAAACCCUGGCAGGCCUCAGAGUACGUUCCCCCCCCGUCGUCGUUAAGUUGGCGUGGUAAGUGUAUGUUGAGAUGACUCCUUCUUUGCGCUGGUCGGCUCUGAACGUAUUGCCUCAUAAGGGCGUACGUCAACCCUCGCCUUGGCCUCGUCAUCGAGACAACCUUGGGACCAUAAAAGGCGACUACCUUCCGGGGGACGGAUAGCGGCUCUGAGUGGGGACCCUUUUUGCAUGGACAAUCACAACACUGAAAAUGAUAAUGACGGAAGAACGACGAAGGGAAGUGUAGGGCUGUCGAAAUCGGCACCUAGAUCCGACCGAGGCGGGGAUGCUGCUCCCAUGGCGACGAAACCGUCGCCGAGAAUUGGCAGCAAUACGACAAGGACUCCAGUAGGUGUCUCCUCAGGUAGCAGGCUGGGGGUAACCGGCGCUAAACCGCCGACAACAGAAGUAGCGAAGGGUGGAUCCUUCAUGCGCGGCGGAAUCGCCAGUACUAGCAGGGGAACCUCAGCUAGAGUUAUGAAGGGAUCCACGGGGGGAAAAAGCAAAGCAGCUUUAGCUAGGAAGCUAAAGUCAGACCGUCGAUUGGCGGCCAAAAUCGUGGAACGCUACGGUGACAAGCAUGUUGGUCAGGUUUCUGAGCAACAUGCUAGUACACUUGAGUGGGCCAAGAAAGUGCUGAGCGAGAACGAUAGGGCAGGACCGGAAACCAGCAGGACAGAACCGGCGGUCAAGCGGCAGAGGUCGCACGAGGGAGAAACCUCCCUUAUUAAGAAACCGCGAACAGGAAAGGCGCCAACCUUUAGCGAAAUCGCUAAAGGCGCUGGGGCCAUAGUACUGGGGGGCUCGACCGUAGUAGGGAGGACGGCGCCAUCUCCCAUGACGAAUGGAAGAGGGUAGCGGCGGCUAUCUCAUCGGUAUUCCUAAGGGUGGUCAAGGAAAACCCGGGGCCACCCCCGAAAUGUGUAAGUGCCGGCUGGCACCAAGGGCUGCACAAGCUCACAAGUUGUGCUGACGAGAGAUCGGCCACCUUAUACAGGAAGGCAGGAUACUGUAAUCCCUCACUUCCGACGCAGGACUGGAAAGUUUUAAAGCUGGAGAGGACUGAUGAGCCGUAUCGGCAAGCGCUGAUAAUGCUAAACACGGAAUCCAUCGGUCCUCUCAGCAAAACAAAGGGAGCCAUAAGCUAUGGUUUUGAGAUGGUAGUGCUGAAAGUACUUCCAUCUGAUGCCAGGGCUGAUGGCCCCAAGCUGCGGUGGCUGCGGUGGAUGCGUCAGAGGGCGCCGACGGUCAAAUGGCCGUGGAAGUGGUCGAUCCGGAUCUAUCGGAUGUGGCGAGUGUUGGAGGCGGUUCGUCGAUUGGCGACUCCGUCUUCAGCCUCGAACAACUGUUCGAGGAAGUUCGGGUCGAUCACGACUUGAGCGCUGAAAUAGCGCUCCUGGAGAAAGGUCUGAAGGAUGAAAUUCCUCCAGAUUACCCUCCAGCAUGCGAAGGCGGCUUCCGCCAAUCUUUUGCUCCGUCUGGGACAGGACGGAGCUGAUAUCGUCCUGAUCCAGGAACCGUGGCUGACUGGUAACGGGAUCUCUGGAUUGAGGACAAAGAGCCAUAGGCUCCUGAUGGCCAAGGAUGCAGGUAGGAACAGAGCCUGUAUGCUGGUAAGGAAUGAAUUAACGGUAUUUCUUUUACCUAAUUUCAGCAACGCUGACAUAGUGACAGCGAAAUUGGAGUGCGACACCGGAGAUCUCUGGCUUAUCUCCGCAUACAUGCCACACGAUGAUGUGGUGGAGCCACCUCCCUUACUGCUGAGGAGGACCUUAGCCGAGGCAUCUAAAACUGGCACCGACGUCAUCAUCGGUUCCGACGCUAACUCGCGGCAUCAGAUCUGGGGAAGCUCGGAUACUAACAGCAGAGGUGAGUCGCUUUUUGAUUUCAUUAUUGGCGAAAAUCUUCGCAUCUGUAAUAGAGGUAACUCUCUUACUUUUGUGACUGCAGGCAGGGAGGAGGUUCUCGACCUCACCCUAACCUCACAAGCGAUUGCCCCGCUGAUAUCGGACUGGAGGGUCCUCGACGAUCACUCCUUUUCGGAUCACAGGUAUAUCGAGUUUAGUCUAGCCGGAGAAGGUCCGCUUAGGAAAUCUUUUAGGAACCCUCGGAACACGGACUGGGAGGGUUACCGCAGGCUUCGGCAAACUCUCCUACGCGCACCGGCGGUGGACUCGUUGGCCACUACCGAUGUGGUGGAGGAGUGGGUUGAAGUCUUCAGCUCGGCGUGCAAGGAUGCUCUGGAGAGGUCUUGUCCACUAAGAUCGCCGAAGGGCAAAGAGAAACCUCUAUGGUGGACUAAGGAGCUCUCAGACAUCAGGGCGUCUUGAAGGAGGCUUUUCAA